AUGAAGAAAAUGAUUGCCUGCUUCCUUCUGCUGUUUGGACAAGCUCUGCUUUCCACUCUCUGUGCCAUGGCAAAAGAUCUCCCUGGAGGACGUUUCACCCCGAGAAGGGAUGUGAGUUCACAAUCUCUGCUACAAAACACUUGCAGCAGCAAACGCCUGGACCUGGUCUUCAUCAUCGACAGCUCCCGCAGCGUCCGGCCCCACGACUUCGCCAAAGUGAAGGAGUUCAUCCUGACCAUCCUGCAGUUCCUGGACAUCAGGCCCGAGGCCACCCGUGUGGGGCUGCUGCAGUAUGGCAGCACGGUCAAGCAGGAGUUCUCCCUGCGCACCUUCCGCAGGAAGCAGGACGUGGAGAGGGCGGUGAGGAGGAUGAUGCACCUGGCCACGGGCACCAUGACCGGCCUGGCUCUGCAGUACGCCCUCAGCAUCGCCUUCUCGGAGCCCGAAGGAGCUCGCCCCCCGCGGCAGAACGUGCCCAGGAUCAUCAUGAUCGUGACAGACGGGAGGCCGCAGGACCCCGUGGCUGAGAUCGCUGCCAGGGCGCGGAACUCGGGGAUCCUGAUCUUUGCCAUCGGGGUGGGGAGGGUGGACAUGAACACGCUGAGGGCCAUCGGCAGCGAGCCCCACGAGGAGCACGUCUUCCUGGUGGCUAACUUCAGCCAGAUGGAAACGCUCACCUCCGCCUUCCAGACCAAGCUUUGUGUGCCCCACAUGUGCAGUGUCGUUGAGCAUGGCUGCGAUCACUUCUGCAUCAACACUCCUGGCUCCUACACGUGCAGGUGUAAACAAGGAUACAUUCUGAAUGCUGACCACAAGACCUGCAGCACUCAGGACCUGUGUGCAGUGGAGCAGCAUGACUGUGAGCAGAUCUGUGUCAACACACCUGGCUCCUACGUCUGCCAGUGUUACGAGGGGUACGAGCUGCAUGCAGAUGGGAAGAGUUGUCUUGUUGUUGACUACUGUGCUUUGGAUAACCAAGGUUGCCAACACGAAUGUGUUAACACUGAGGACUCCUAUUACUGUAAAUGCUACCCAGGGUUCCUUUUAAACCCAGACAAAAGAACCUGCAGAAGACCAGACUAUUGUGCUCUGGAGGACCAUGGUUGUGAACAGGAAUGUGUUAAUGCAGAUGAUUCCUAUUUUUGUCGAUGCCAAGAAGGGUUUAGACUUAAUGCAGAUAAGAAAACAUGCAAAAGGGUGGACCACUGUGCUGAGAGCAAUCAUGGCUGUGAGCAGCUGUGCCUAAACACUGGUGCCUCCUAUGUCUGUCAGUGCUCUGAAGGAUUUGUCAUCAACGAGGACCUAAAAACCUGCACACGAGUUGACUAUUGUGCCCUGGGUGAUCAUGGCUGUGAACAUUUGUGUGUGAGUGGGGACAGAUCUUACACCUGUCAGUGUCUGGAAGGAUACAGGCUUCGGAGUGAUGGCAAGACAUGCAGACGUAAAAAUGUCUGCAAAUCAGUCAGCCAUGGCUGUGAGCACGUUUGUGUUAGUGCUGACAGCUCCUACAGCUGCAGGUGCCAUGAGGGAUUCAUACUGAGAGAAGAUGGCAAGACCUGCAGAAGACAGGACAUCUGCCAAUCAGUCAGCCAUGGCUGUGAGCAUGUCUGUGUUAGUGAAGGGGACUCCUAUGUUUGCAAGUGUCAUGAGGGUUUUCUGCUGAGAGAAGAUGGGAAAACCUGCAGGAGUAAAGACAUCUGCAGAGGAGUCGACCACGGCUGUGAACACCUCUGUGUCAGCGCUGGGGAGUCCUACACCUGCCAGUGUUCUGAGGGAUUUGCACUAAGGGAAGAUGGAAAAACCUGUAGGAACAAAGAUGUCUGCAAUUCUGUUGACCAUGGCUGUGAGCAUGUUUGUGUGAAUACUGACAGUUCAUACAUCUGCCAGUGCUACGAGGGCUUUGUCUUGAGGGAAGAUAAGAAAACAUGUAGAAAUAAGGACAUCUGCAAGUCAGUCAGUCAUGGCUGCGAACACCUCUGCAUUACCACUGAUGACUCCUACACUUGCCAGUGCCAUGAUGGAUUUGUACUGAGGCACGAUGGGAGAACAUGCCGAAGCAAGGAUAUCUGCAAAUCAGUCAGCCAUGGCUGUGAGCACGCUUGUGUCAGCACUGGGGAGUCCUAUGUCUGCACGUGUCAGGAGGGAUUCCUGCUAAGAGAAGAUGGAAGAACCUGCAAAAAUAAGGAUCUCUGCCAAGCACUCAGGCACGGCUGUGAGCACCUCUGUGUUAGUACUGAGGACUCCUACGUCUGCCAAUGCCACGAUGGCUUCCUGCUGGCAGAAGAUGGGAAAACCUGCAGAAAGAAGGAUGUUUGCAGUUCACUCAAGCAUGGCUGUGAACAUCUCUGUGUGAAUACUGAAGAUUCAUACAUCUGCAAGUGUCAUGAGAAGUUCACACUGAAUGAAGAUGGAAAGACCUGUAGAGAUCAGGAUGUCUGCAACUCAGUUGACCAUGGCUGUGAACAAAUUUGUGUUAACAUGGACAAUUCCUAUGUCUGCAAGUGUCAUGAGGACUUCAUCUUGAGGGAGGAUGGAAAAACUUGUAGGAGUAAAGACCUGUGUAAAUCCAUUGCCCAUGGCUGUGAGCAUCUGUGCAUCAGUGAUGGUGAUUGGUACAGCUGCCUGUGCCCUGAUGGCUUUGUGCUGAGACAGGAUGGCACAACCUGCCGAGAUGAAGAUGUCUGCAAAUCAGUUGCCCAUGGCUGUGAGCAUACCUGUGUGAAUAAUGAUGAUUCAUACAUCUGCAAGUGCCAGGAGGGAUAUGUCCUGAAUGAGGACCAGAAAACAUGCAGAAGGUGCACUGAAGGCCCCAUUGACCUGGUGUUUGUCAUUGAUGGAUCAAAAAGCCUGGGAGAGGACAACUUUGAAACUGUCAAACAGUUUGUCACAAGCAUCUUGGAUUCCCUUGAGAUUUCCCCCAAAGCUGCUCGGGUUGGGCUGCUGCAGUACUCCACAGAGGUGCGCACAGAGUUCUCGCUGCGGCAGUUCGGCUCGGCCAAGGACGUGAAGAAAGCUGUGUCACAAAUGAAGUACAUGGGGAGAGGCUCCAUGACAGGGCUGGCCCUGAGGCAAAUGUUUGAAAGAAGCUUCACAGAAGCAGAAGGAGCAAGACCAUUUUCAGCAGGUGUGCCUCGGAUCUCCAUUGUGUUCACAGACGGACGAGCCCAGGAUGAAGUCUCGGAGUGGGCGAUGAGAGCCAAGCGAAGUGGUAUCAUUAUCUAUGCCGUUGGAAUAGGCAAAGCCAUUGAGGAAGAACUGCUGGAAAUUGCAUCAGAGCCUUCAUACAAACAUCUCUUCUAUGCUGAGGAUUUCACAGCUUUGGAGGACAUAAGUGAAGAGCUCAGAGCCCAGAUCUGUGAAGCUUUGAGAGAGCCACCUCAGCAGCAGGAUCCAUCAUCUGGGAGGCUUCCUAAGACUGCUCCACAGACUUCAGGAUCUGACUCAACCACCAUAGCCAUCACAGAUGUCAUUGCCUGUCCCAAUCUUGCAGUACACCACAAGUACCUUUUUGAGGAUGGUCACACUCACUCCACCACAGCAAAAACCUUGAAAGAUAAAGAGCAGUGCAGAUGUGAAAACCUUGUGACCUUCCAGAACUAUGCAACCAGUGAAGUCAGGAAACUCAGCCAGAGAUUGGAAGAGAUGACCAAGAGGAUGGAAGAGUUGGAAAACAGACUAAAAUACUGA